GCAAGUUAUUUCCAUGGAGACGCACCAGCCGGCUGGCAAGUGGAAUCUUUAACCAGACCCCUCCGCUCUCCACCGGCCGUCGUCAGGGAAGUCGAGCAGGACGAGAUGAUCACUAAACACCAUCAUGUCCACCCCUACAGUAAGCGAGGUGUACCCGACCACACAGACGGCCCGCCAGUCACACGACUGUAUCACCGAGGUCAGGGUCACUCAGGUGACAGGUCAGGUGACUGUGUGACGUGCGGUCGUGAGGUGGCCAGCUUCCUACACAGUCUCCGUGUUGAUGUUACUGAGAGCAGCACAACAACAUCUACAACAUUGACCUCUACCAGCGGCGGCACAACACCCUGUGUACAGUGGAGAGACGUGCUGGUGUUGUACUGUUAUGACUUUAGUGAUCAGUUGGGUGUGGUCACAGGACUUCAAGAAGCGGGUAUCCCAGUGCAGGUGAUGAAGGAUGAAGACAUCGAGGACGUGGCCACGGCCCGCAGUGACGUGGUGUGGGUGACGAGUGGACAUCGUGUUCGUGGUCUGGAGAGAAAAGUCGUCGUGUGUCUGCAGGACCCUGAUUAUGAUUUAUUUACAUUUCAGGAGUUACAACAGAACCGUAGCUCUUUCCGACUCGACCUAAUAUCCCGCUGUACGUCACACCUUGUGAUUGUUCUCCCCUGACUUGUUGUAAAGUAGUUUAAAUAGUUUUAACAGUCAUGUCACCCUCAGGUACCACGUGCUCAUUGUUUCAACAAAGUCAAACGAUAAUCGUUUUACAAGGAGCGUCUCGCCCAGAAUGACAAUAUAAAUAUAUUUAACAACAAA